GUGUGUGUGUGUGAGAGAGAGAGAGAUGAUAUAGGUGUGUGUUGAGCUGAGUUGUGUUAAAUAUAUAACAUAACUAUUUUUGUAAGAAAAAAAAGGCAUAUUUUUAUAAGAAAAAAAAGCAUAAAAACAAAUUGAAAAAGAAUUGGUCGGCUUGACUAAACACGUUUGGUCAUAUAGUCAAUCGGUGAGAAAACGGUAAGUUUGUUGGUCGUGAUUCUUUGUUUACUUAUAUUUUGUUUUAGAGAAAAAUGCAAUUUGCGUCCCUGUCGUAUGUGCCAAAUAUCAACCUGAGCCCCUAAAUUCAUUUUUUGGUUUUUUGAGCCCCUGACCUUAUAAAUUCAUAACAGUUUGAGUCCUUCUGUUACACUGCCGUUUGUUUGACUGUUUGAGCCAGGGGUAAGACCGUCUUUUUGAUUUAUUUCCCUUCUAAAAACCCCAAAAUUCACUAUUAAGCCCUAAUUUAGUCCCGCCAAAAACAAAGACGGUUGAUUGUGCAAGAGAGAAACCCCAAAUCGAUGGUGUUCACAUGACGACUUCGUCCUCAAGGUCAAUACUACGAUUCUGAAGAUAUAUAUGGGAAUGAACCUAGACUAUUUUCGAUAAAGAUUAACCAUGGAGGUGAGUUUACUGAUUAUCCAGGAAGGGAGUAUGUCAACGGUAAGGUUAGUUACAUUGAAUGGGUUGAGUUUGAAAAGUUAAGUGUUGUUGUUCCUCGUGAAAUGCUGAAAGUUAUAGGUUACUCUAUAGAUGAUGUGUUCAAAUAUUUUGUUAAAGAUCCUAAUGUGUGUUUGGAUUUUAGUCUUAGACACUUUACUGAUGAUGAUGAGUUAGAUUAUGUGUAUGACCAACUUAGAAAAGGAUGUAAGUUAGUAGAUUUGUAUGUUGAAAUAGGAGACUCUAGAAUCAAGGAUUCAACUGCAAUGAGCCUGGCUUUACUACAUAAUAUGGGUGAAGAUAAUGUGGUUGAGGGUGAGUCAGAAAGUAGCGAGGCAGUUUCUAAGGGUGAGUCACAAAGUAGUGAUAAAGAGAACAGUGAUGAAGAAGAUCCAGAUUACACAUUUGAUCAGGAACCAGAUAAUCCAGUGUUUGAUUAUGAAGUAGAUAUGAGUCAGUUCAAGGCAUGUGUUGACUUUGAUCCUGAUGAAGUCAAUGAGACAAUUAAGUAUGCUAGAAAUGAGAAUACUGAAGAAGAACUUAGGCAGGAAGAUAUAACUUGUGAUCAUGAGGAUUUUAGUGAUAAAGAUGAUAACUGUACACUGCUGGACAAGGUUGCGAAGAAGGUAAGGAAGAAGAGAAAAAUUACAUGUAAUGUUAGUGACUCAUAACUCAAUGUUUAGUGACUCAUAACCAAUACACUUCAUCAACCAUCAACUCCUCAUGCUCAAGAAGUGUUUAAUAAGAUCAAAGAAGAAGCCUCACAACUCAAUGUUUUAAUGGUGGAUGCAGUACAGUACCAGGUGAAUAGCUCAAGAUCUCAGUGUGUUGUUAAUAUGAAGAACAGAACAUGCACCUGCAGAAAGUGGGAUUUAACUAGCAUGCCAUGUAAACAUGCAGUGGCUGCUAUCAAUGAUAUGGCCAGGAAUGAUAUUAGGAUAGGGGUGCCAGAAGAAUUGGUUGAUGAAGUGUAUUGGUUAUCCACAUGGAAGAAGGUUUAUGAGAAUGUGAUUAAUCCAAUUCCCGGGCCUGAGAAUUGGAUACCCUCACAAUGUCCCACCAAACUUCUGCCUCCCAAACACCAUAAGCGGGUUGGGAGGCCACAAAAGAAGAGAAAGAAAUCAGUUGGUGAGGCUGAAGUUGAAGCUCAUUUUGAUAGUGAGGGAAAAAUGACCAGGAAGGGCAAUACAACCAAGUGCAGCAAGUGCGGAAAUUUGGGACACAACAGUAGGACAUGCAAGGGGCAGGGUGGGGAGAAUGUUGUACAUGCACCAAGUGAGGAUCAAGUUGCAGGUGGAGAAAACAAAACCAGGAAGGGCAAGUGUAGCAAGUGUGGAACCUUGGGUCACAACAGUAGGACAUGCAAGGGCCAGGGAGGGGAGAAUGUUCAAGAAUCUCAAAGUGCAACACAAGGUGCACCAACUUCGAGUGAAGCUUAGUUAGGUUGAUUUCAAUGGUUUAAGAUAUGUUUAUGUAUGGUUUAAGACCUGUUUAUGUAGUGGCCCACUUCAAGACUUGUUUAUGCAGUUCAACAAUGAAGUUUAUGUUUUGUAAUGCAGUUCAACUGCACUUUAUGUUUGUAAUGCAGUUUAUGUU